AUGACAGAAUCGUCAAAAUCCGGACCAUCCACGUCUUCUUCAGCUCAAUUCGAUAUGUCAGAUCUUGGAAUUUCCAUUUCCAGAGAGGACGCCAGUUUUCUCAAUUCAACUAUCCAAUCGACGUCUACAACAUUCCUUCUGAAAAGUGACGACGAUGAUGACGAUCUACUGAUGUCACCGAAUCUUUUCGCCCCAAAAUCGCUGAAAACUGUGAAAAAAUCGAAAAAAUUGACGGUGAUGAAGAGGAAAUCAGAAGUGAUCUCAUCUGGAGACUCGACGACGACGCCGAAAAAGAUUCAGAAGACGUCGAGCUUCUUGACGUCAACGUUGGAUUUGUUGAGUGAGGGGAAGAAGACGAAGAAAAAGUCGAAGAAAUAA